GUGAUAUUGUGACGUCAGGAAGCCCUUACGGGGUAUAGGAUUUAGCCUUUACCGACGUGCUAUUGGAGGAUUACAACAUCCGGGAAGUACAAAAUGUCCCAUAGAAGGAAAGAAGAAAGAAGACGCAGGAGCGAAGACGAUUGGCCUGUGACACCUGGGAGCAGUAGUGGCAGCCAUCAUGGUGACAGAAAAAGGAGAAGGAGCAGUAGUGGUAGUAUCCAUACCACACAGGAGAUACAGAAGAUCAAGCAUGUCGAGAUCUUCUAUGAGAAACCUCCGCCAGGACUAAUUAAGGAAGAUGAACCAAAACCUGAAGAUGUUAUUCCUGAUCUGCCUGGCAAUGAACAUGCCAGAGAUUUCCUUGCCCAUGCUCCUACCAAGGGACUAUGGAUGCCUUUGGGCAAAGAAGUGAAGGUUAUGCAGUGUUGGAGAUGUAAGCAGUACGGUCACAGAACUGGCGAUCGUGAGUGUCCCUAUUUCAUCAAAGGCAAUCAAAAGAUUGAGCAGUUUAGGGUGGCUCAUGAAGACCCAAUGUAUGGCUUACUAAAGGAGAAAGCAGAUGAAGAAAAACAGAUGAGGAUUCAGCAGUUGAAAAAACUGCUCGAAGAUUCAACAUCUGAAGAAAGCAGUAACAGCAGCAGUAGUUCAAAUGAUUCCCCCAAAAAACGGAAGAAGAAAAAAAAGAAAAAAGACAAAAAGAAGAAAAAGAAAAGAAAACGCAAAUCUUCCCAUAGGGACUCAGAUUCAGACUAAGGCCUUGUUCACACAGUCAGUAUUUUGGUCAGUGAUUUCCAUCAGUGAUUGUGGUCCAAAAACACAGAACAGAUCUUUCCAUUAUACCUUAUCUCUGUGUAAGCUCCACUCCUGCUAACAAUCACUGAGGUGUGAACUGGGUCUGAAUAUGUAAAAGAAGAACACUCUUUGCAUAUAUUCUUUCUGGAAGAAUAGUCAGUACAUGGGGAGAUUAACCUCUCUGUGGUAUUAGCAGAAGACUUCACAUUUACAUUGUGUGUAAAAUAAAGUGGUCUGCAAGUAAUCAGGACUGGGAGCUGGUGGUCCAUAUGUCCAACAAGUAAGGUUAUUCAAUAAACCUGUGUAAAUAACA